AUGUCAUCUGAAUGUCCCUGCACUCCUAGAUGCGAUCCAGCAGAAGACCGCAUCGAGCAAUCUUCAAGUCUCCAAACUAACGCUACUCGACCCUCAGCAUGUCGAAUGACAACUGCUCCAAUAUGUCGACCCAACCCUCAGCGUCCUCAACAGUCUACCAGACCCCGCUCGAUGUCUACGAGUCCAUCUCUUCCAUGCCUCACUCCCAAUGAGACUUCAACACGCGCAUGCACUCCAGCACCUCUUCGACCAUCCACGGCGCCACCUGAAACCUACCCUCACAUCCCAGAACGCUACCUCCCACAUCUGUACCUCAUUGGAACAGGCCAAUCCGGCAAGAUCCACCUCCUGACCCCAACUACAGUCCUCAAACUCCCAAUGGAAGACCAUCUGAUCGACUUGGAGAACGAGCGUGAUAUUUACACUCGAAUCUCAGUCUUCAAACAUCCAAGUAUACUGCACUUCCUCGGAACAUUACACACCGGCAUCGUACUAUCCUACCACCCGCUUGGUGCUCUGCGCAUGUUUAUCCACGGAGCAGCCGACACGGGACUCGGCGUGACAGACGAACACAUCCAGCAGCUCACUCAACAUAGAAUGAAAUGGGCUCAACAAAUAGCCCAGGGCGAGCAGUUCCUUCAUCAGAACGGUAUUGUGCACUGCGACACUUCUUCAGCCAAUACGCUCAUCACAUCAUCUUACGACGUCGUGCUUUGCGAUUUCAGUAGCUCGAUGAUGGAUGGUAUGGCGAAAGGCGGAAAGACGAGGUGUUCGCGCUGGUACAAAUUUGUCGAAGAUGAAGGCGAUGAUAGUUUCGGUGAGGGAAGACACUAUACUAUCCAAGAUGAUUUAUGGGCUGUUGGAACCGUGUGCUAUGAGAUGUGGGCGAGGAAGAGAUUGUGGGGGAACUUUCCUGAUGGAGAGAGAGUUUUGUUGUAUAAAAAGAAUAAGUGGCCUUGCUUAGAAGGAGUUGGCCACAUGGGAAAUGUUAUCGCGAAGUGUUGGGCUGAUCUGUAUGGCUGUGCUGGCGAGCUGUUGACGGAUGUUAGCCAGGUUGCUGAGUCGGAGAAUAGUCAAGAGAGAGAAAACACAGAGUGUGGGGGUGAUCAGGAAUGCAUUGCCUGGGAUGCAGUGGAUUGA